CUGAGGCGCACGCAGUCCGUUCUGUCCGUACAGUCACACACACAAACACACACACACACACACCUGCGGGAGGAGCUGCGCUGCGGGGCGGAGCGGAGCGCUGCGGGGCUUGAGACCGGCUUUGCUCACACUCAACUUGGGCAUCAUCAUCAUCGGCGCUGGCGGAUAGCGGAUCUGCUCGGGACUACAUCCAGCCACGAUGUCCGACUUUAUUUUGGCAUUUCUGAGCAUGUCGGGAUUAAUUCUACUGGUUAAAACACUGACAGUGGCUGGGGCUGAGCAAGUGUGUGACGUGGAGGAAUAUCUGUGUGCGGACGGACACAGCUGUGUUUCUGAGAGCUGGCUGUGUGAUGGGGAGCACGACUGCCCCGACGGCUCUGAUGAAACGCCAACCAUAUGCUUGCGGCAGGUAAAGGUGAGAUGUCCUGUCAAUCACCUCAAGUGCCUCGGCACGCACAGGUGUGUGCAUUUCAGUAAAUUCUGCAAUGGAGUACGAGACUGCGAGGACGGCUAUGAUGAGGGUGUGCAUUGCCGCGAGUUGGUGCGUAGCUGCAAGGAGCGGAGGUGUCAGUUUGACUGUGUGAUCAUGAGAAACGGGACGUCCUGUUUCUGCGGGGAAGGUUUCGAACUGGACGAGGAUGGGAGACGGUGUCGAGAUCAUGAUGAAUGCAGGGAUUAUGGGACAUGCAGUCAGAUCUGUAUGAACACGCAGGGAUCGUACAGAUGCGCUUGCACAGAUGGCUUCAGCCUGCAGGCCAACAGACAAUCCUGCAAAGCCAAAACAGAUCCUGGUGAUAAACCUCCGGUUCUGUUGACAGCAAAUAUGAAUUCUAUAUCAGUUGUUUACCUCAAUGGAUCAUCUAUGCCAAAUAUCAAGUCCAUGGAGACAAAUGGGACUCAAAUAUUGGACUUUAUUUAUAGAGAAGAGUCACUCUGUUGGCUCUCAUUGGCACAGGAUACAGGUCAGCUGUGGUGUGCCCGCAUGACCAAACUCAAAGGCUUUUCAGAAAAACGCCAGAUACGGAUAGGUCAGAACCUGCAAAAUGUGGAGCAUAUGGCCAUCGACUGGUUGACAGGAAACUUCUACUUCGUAGACAGAGUGAACGACCGGAUAUUCGUGUGCAGUGAACAGGGAGAUGCAUGUGCCACCAUCAUUGACCUGGACAUCCAGAACCCUAAAGGCCUAGCGCUGGAUCCAAUCAUGGGAAAACUAUUUUUCACGGACUAUGGGACAGUAGCCAAGUUGGAGCGCUGCAACAUGGAUGGCACCAAACGAACCAGGAUUGUGGAGUAUAAAACUGAACAGCCGACUGCCGUGACAUUGGACUUAGUUAAGAAGCUCGUCUACUGGACAGAUGCUUAUCUGGAUUUUAUCGAAGUUGUGGAUUACAAUGGCAAGAACAGACACAUGGUCAUCCAAGGAAACUCGGUGUCGCACCUUUUCGGAUUAGCUCUCUUUGAAGAUUACCUGUUUGCGACGUGCUCUGAACCCUCCAGAGAGAGCAAGGUGGACAUAUUUAGAAUAAAUCGGUUUAACAGCAGUGACACAAACACCGUUACCACUUUGGAAAGUGCCAGAGCCGUCCGAGUUUAUCAUAGACUGGCUCAACCUACAGUCAAGACUCAUGCAUGCAGCCCUGACCCACAUGGAAGAAAAGGUGGAUGCUCGCAUAUCUGUCUCCUGAGCCACAACUACAAAUCACACGUGUGCCGCUGCCGGACCGGCCAUGUCCUUGCCAGCGACGGGAAGUCGUGCAAAAAACCAAAGAAUGAGCUGUUCCUGUUUUACGGGAAAGGACGACCCGGGGUUAUCCGAGGUCUGGAUAUGAAUGUCAAGUCUGGAGAUGAACAUUUGAUUCAAAUCGAAGGGCUCGUGAGUCCCAGAGCGCUGGAUUUCCAUGCAGAGAGUAGCUACAUCUACUUUGCCGACACCACAAGCUUCCUAAUUGGACGGCAGAAGAUUGACGGAACUGCUCGGGAAACGAUCCUUAAGGACGAGCUGGAUAAUGUUGAGGGUAUUUCAGUAGACUGGAUCGGUAAUAACCUGUUCUGGACAAAUGACGGUUAUAGAAAGACCAUCAGUGUGGCCGGGCUGGAGCGGCCCUCGCAGACCAGGAGAACGCUUUUAGAAGGCAAUAUGUCCCAUCCCAGGGCCAUUGUUGUGGAUCCUCUAAACGGAUGGAUGUAUUGGACGGACUGGGAGGAGGAUGAGUUAAUUGACAGCAGAGGGAGGAUAGAGAAAGCCUGGAUGGAUGGAUCUCACCGUCAGAUCUUUGUCACAUCCAACAUGCUGUGGCCCAACGGCCUCACUCUGGACCACUCCUCCAGUGUCAUGUACUGGUGUGACGCCUACUAUGACCACAUUGAGAAAAUCUACCUCAACGGCAGCCACAGAACGGUGGUGUACAGCGGGAAAGAGUUGAAUCACCCAUUUGGGAUUGCGCAUUACCAGAAUUACAUAUUCUGGACGGAUUACAUGAACGCCUCAAUAUUCCGUCUGGAUUUGUCGUCCAAUGAUGUUGCCCUACUGCGGGCAGAAAGACCACCUCUCUUCGGGAUUCAGGUGUAUGACCCGCAGAGCCAGAAAGGUAAUAACCAAUGUUCAGCAAAUCACGGUGGCUGCAGCCCUUCGGCUCUAUGCUUCGCUACGCCUGCAGGCCAUGUGUGCACCUGCGCAGACGGCCAACAUCUGGAGAAAGACAACGUCACCUGUUCAUCUAAUCGCAGCUGCCCAGCGGACCAAUUUAAAUGCCUGAACAACCGCUGUAUCCCGAAGAGAUGGCUGUGUGACGGCACCGACGAUUGCGGCAGCAACGAGGAUGAGUCCAACCGCACCUGCUCAGCCCAAACAUGCCAGCCGGGCCAGUUUCCUUGCGAGAAUGGACGCUGCAUCCCGGAGAACUGGCGCUGUGACCGUGACGAUGACUGCGGGGAUCAGUCAGAUGAGUCUUCGACAUGUGAUUUCCCAACUUGUGAACCGCUGACCCAGUUCGGAUGUACUAAUGGGAGAUGCAUCAGUGUGAAAUGGCACUGUGAUUCCGAGGAUGACUGUGGGGAUGGCAGUGAUGAGGUGGGCUGCGUUCACGCCUGUUCGGUGGCUCAGUUUCAGUGCUCCAGCGGGAAGUGCAUCCCUGAGCACUGGAUGUGUGACGGGGACAAUGACUGUGGUGACCUCAGCGACGAGAACGCCACCUGCUCUAGGACAGCGCUCUCUGCUGUUAACGACUGCAACGAGAGAGAGUUCCACUGCCGUGGUGACGGCACCUGCGUUCCCGAAAUAUGGCGCUGCGACGGAGACAAAGACUGUGAGGACGGUAGCGAUGAAUUCGCCUGUGAGGGAGCCAAGAGAAUGUGUGACCCCAAGGCAAAGUUCACCUGCAAGGUCUCAGGGAAAUGCAUUAGUAAGGACUGGGUGUGCGACGGAGACAUCGACUGCGAGGACCAAUCAGAUGAGGAGGGGUGUGAAGUGUCCGUCUGUAAGCCUCCAAAGUUUCCCUGCGGCAAUGACACGUCUGUGUGCCUCCCGCCAGAGCGAAUCUGUAACGGUUGGAGGGACUGCGCGGACCAUUCCGACGAGGGACCAUACUGUGAUGAGUGUUCGGUGAGGAAGGGCGACUGCAGUCACGAGUGCUCAGUGGCGCCGGGUAAAGGGGUCGUGUGUUCCUGUCCGGCCGGGUUCCAGCUGGGUUCGGACGGCCGGACAUGCGAAGUCCUGGAUUACUGUACCAAGCACCUACGCUGCAGCCAAGUGUGCGAACAACACAAGAAUACUGUGAAAUGCUCCUGCUAUCCAGGCUGGAGUCUUGGACCCGAUGGAGACAGCUGUUAUAAUACAGAUCCUUUUGAGGCGUUCAUCAUUUUUUCCAUCAGACACGAAAUUCGCCGCAUCAACCUGCAAAGGGGCGACUACAGCCUGUUGGUCCCUGGGCUCAGGAACACCAUCGCUUUGGAUUUCCAUUUCAGCCAGAACCUGCUGUAUUGGACCGAUGUUGUAGAGGACAAAAUUUACAGUGGGAAGCUAUCAGAAGGCAGUGGUGUUUCGUCAAUCGAGGUGGUGGUCCAGCAUGGUCUAGCCACUCCAGAAGGCCUUGCUGUUGAUUGGAUAGCGGGAAAUCUCUACUGGAUUGACAGUAACCUGGACCAGAUUGAGCUGUCCAAGCUAAAUGGCGAAUUACGAACCACCCUCAUCGCCGGGGGUAUGGAACACCCUCGGGCCAUUGCUGUGGACCCCGGCCAGGGUGCCUUGUUCUGGACCGAUUGGGACGCCACGUUUCCUCGCAUCGAAGGUGCUUCCAUGAGCGGGAAACAGCGGCAUGUGGUUUUCAAGGACAUGGACUCCGGCGCUUGGCCCAACGGACUGACCUUGGACCACAUGGAGAGCAGGAUAGUAUGGACAGACGCCCGAUCUGACGCUAUAUACUCUGCUCUAUAUGACGGCACUGGGAUGAUUGAAAUUCUUCGAGGCCACGAGUUCCUUUCUCACCCCUUCGCUGUGUCUCUCUUUGGAGGGAACGUCUAUUGGACCGACUGGAGGACCAACACUUUGACCAAAGCCAACAAAUGGACCGGAGCCAAUGUAACUGUGAUCCAAAAAACCAGCGCCCAACCCUUCGAUCUGGAGAUAUACCAUCCUAGCAGGCAGCCACAAACUCCUAACCCAUGUGUUGGUAACAAAGGAAGAGGCCCAUGUUCUCACCUCUGUCUUAUAAAUUAUAAUGGUUCUGCAUCUUGCUCCUGUCCACACCUCAUGAAACUGUCGGCCAACAACCGAACCUGCCAAGACCUAUCUAAUGUCCGUGGCCUGGCUAUUGAUUGGCUAUCCAGAAAUAUGUACUGGAUGAGCUCAGACAACGACGAGACCCACAUUAACGUCGCCCGUCUUGACGGAUCUCUCAAAAACACUGUCGUUCACGGGAUGGACAAACCCAAGUGUCUCGUCCUGCAUCCAUCUAAAGGGAAGAUGUUCUGGAUGGAUGGGGGCACUAUAAAUAUGGCCAAUAUGGAUGGCAGCAACAUCAAGAUUUUGCACCAGAACCAGAAGGAGCCCGUUGGGCUGUCUAUCGACUACUCGGCCAACAAGCUGUACUGGAUGAGUUCCGGAAACGGAACCAUUAAUAGGUGUAACCUGGAUGGGAGUGGCCUGGACGUGAUUGACAGCUUGAAAAAAGACCUGCGGAAAGCUGCGGCAUUAGCAGUGAUGGGUGGGAAAUUAUGGUGGGCAGACGAUGUUCUCGCUCAGCUGGGAACCGUUAACAAGAGGGACGGAAAAAACCUGACGGUUCUUCGGAAUAAGACCACAGGCGUCGUCCACAUCAAAGUGUAUGACAAAGACAGUCGGAAAGGUCGCAAUCCUUGUGUACCGAACAACGGCGGAUGUUCCCAGCUUUGCCUUCCCACUUCUGAAACAACUCGGACGUGUUCUUGUACUACGGGCUACAACCUUCGUCCGGACCACUCCACAUGUGAAGGUCUUCAGUCUUUCCUGAUGUACUCCAUUAAUGAAGGUAUAAGAGGACUGUCUCUUGAUCCCAGUGAUAACUCGGAAGUUUUGAUGCCGCUAACUGGCACUCUGUUCGCCGUGGGUCUGGACUAUCAUGCCGGAAAUGACACGUUGUACUGGACAGACAUGGGCUCCAACAGAAUCUCUAGAUCCAGUCGAGAUCAGACCUGGAGAGAGGACAUCGUCACAAGCGGUCUCGGACGUGUUGAAGGACUAGCGGUGGACUGGAUUGCAGGUAAUAUUUACUGGACGGACCAUGGCUUAAAUCUCAUCGAGGUUGCUCGAUUGAACGGCAUGUACCGCGCCGUGGUGAUAUCUGACGGUCUUCAUCAACCCAGAGCCAUUGCUGUACACCCAGUGAAAGGGUUUCUCUUCUGGACGGAGUGGGGCCAGAGUCCUACCAUCUCCAGGUCACGUCUCGAUGGUUCAGAGCAAGCCGUGCUUGUUAGCACCGGACUAGAAAGGCCCAACGGCAUCUCCAUAGACUAUCAGGAAAAUAAAUUAUACUGGUGCGACACCCGCAACAGCAAGAUUGAAAGAAUCAACCUUGAGCGGGGUGAGCAGAGGGAGAUUGUGUUCUCAUCGAGUGGGGUGGAUAUGUUUUCCAUAGCAGUCUUUGGGGCUUACCUCUUCUGGUCUGACAGAGCCUACGCCAAUGGAUCCAUCCGCCGUGCUUCCAAGAAAGACACCGUGGACCUAGUGACCAUCAGGAGCGGCUUGGGUGUCAGUCUGAAAGAUGUGAAGGUCUUUAACCAGGAUCGGGAGAAAGGUACGAACGCUUGCAGCAGAGCAAAUGGAGGAUGCCAGCAACUUUGUUUUUACUUGGGGAAUAACCGGAAAACUUGUGCUUGCGCUCACGGAUAUCUUGCUCAGGAUGGACUCAAGUGCAACAGGUACGAGGGUUACCUGCUCUACUCUGAGAGGACCGUUUUGAGGAGUAUUCAUCUAUCGGACGAGAAUAACCUCAACUCGCCCAUCAGGGCGUACGAGAACCCAAAUUAUUUUAAAAACGUUAUAGCUUUGGCCUUUGAUCAUCGUCAGAAAGUGCACGGAACCAAUCGGAUUUUCUUAAGCGAUGUUCAUUAUGGGAAUAUACAAGUCAUCAAUGACGACUGGACAGGACAACGCGUCAUUGCUGAGAAUGUUGGUUCUGUGGAGGGGCUGGCGUACCACCGAGGAUGGGACGUCCUGUACUGGACGAGCUCCACCACAGCCACCGUCACCCGUCACAGCAUUGACCAGACCAGACCAAACGCCUUCAACCGAGACACGGUGGUCUCCCUGUCUGAGGAGGACCAUCCACACGUCCUCUCUCUGGACGAAUGCCAGAACUUGAUGUUCUGGACUAACUGGAACGAGCAGAAGCCGAGCAUCAUGAGGUCAACUUUAACCGGCCGGAACAUCCGCAUCAUUGUUAGCAUGGAUGUCAUCACCCCUAAUGGACUCACCAUCGACCACAAAGCUGAAAAGCUGUAUUUUUCCGAUGGCAGUCUCGGCUACAUCGAGAGGUGUGAUUACGAUGGCUCGCACAGAUACGUCAUUGUGAAAUCAGGACCCGGAACGUUCUUUGGCUUGGCAAUUUACAAAGACUUCAUCUUCUGGUCCGACUGGACGCGGCGGGCCGUGAUCCGCUCUGAUAAGUUCACCGGAGCCAAUACGAAAGUCCUCCGUGCCGACAUCCCUCAUCAACCGAUGGGAAUCGUUGCUGUUUCCAACGACAACAACAGCUGUGAGUCAUCCCCCUGCAGCGUGAAUAAUGGAGGGUGCCAUGAUCUCUGUCUGUUGACUCCUCUUGGUGUGGUAAACUGUACUUGCCGUGGAGAACGGAUGUUACUGGAUGAUAACAGAUGUGUAUCUCUGAACUCCUCCUGUAACAUCCACUCUGAGUUCCAGUGCGGGAAUGGGGAAUGCAUCGAUUACCAACUGACAUGUGAUGGCAUCGCGCACUGCAAAGACAGGUCGGAUGAGAAGAUGCAGUAUUGUGAAAACCGGAACUGCAGACAUGGCUUUAAAUCAUGCUAUAACCAGCGGUGUGUGGCCAACCAUCAAUUCUGUAAUGGCGUGAAUGAUUGCGGGGAUAACUCCGAUGAAGUUUACUGUAACAAUUCCGCGUGUUCGUCCUCUGAGCGAUGUUGUGCAGACGGCUCCUGUAUUCCCGCAUCAUCUUGGUGUAAUCAGAUCAUCGAUUGCGCUGACGCAUCGGACGAGAAAAUCUGUAAUAGCACAGACUGCAUGGAAUACUACAGACUGGGUUCUCGCGCCAGCAACAAUGAGAGGUUUCUAAGCUGCAAUUCCACGUCGCUGUGUGUUCAUCCCUCCUGGAUCUGUGACGGAGCCAACGACUGUGGGGAUUACGCAGACGAAAUACACUGCCACGCUUCUUCAGUCCAUACGUGUGAGGACGGCCAUUUCGCGUGUCCCAGUGGAAACUGCAUCUCCAGCGUCUGGAUGUGCGAUGGACAGAAAGACUGCGAGGACGGAGCGGAUGAAUUUCAAUGCGAUUCAUCGUGCCUUUGGAAUCAGUUCGCCUGCUCGAAAAACAAGUGCAUCGCCAAACAGUGGCUCUGUGACGGGGAGGACGACUGUGGUGACGGAUUGGACGAAAGCGAGGAAAUUUGCGGUUCGGCAACAUGUGCCCCCGGUUUGUUUAGUUGCCCAGGAUCGUACGCUUGUGUACCCAGGAACUGGUUAUGUGACGGGGAGAGAGAUUGUCCCGAUGGCAGCGAUGAGCUUGCAGUAGCUGGCUGUGCUCCGAACAACACGUGCACCGAGAGCACGUUCCAGUGCCGGAACCAGAACUGCGUCCCGCGACGUUUCGUGUGUGACCAUGACGACGACUGCGGAGACGGUUCUGACGAGUCUCUGGAAUGCGAAUAUCGUUUAUGCAAAGAGGAGGAGUUCCGCUGCGCAGAUGGGAGGUGUUUAUUGAGAGCCCAAUGGGAGUGUGACGGCUUCCCCGACUGUCUGGACCAAUCAGACGAGCUGCCACUCAACCCAAAGUGUUCCGCUGCAGGCGAUUUGUUCAACGGGUCGAUUUUCAUGUGCGCAAACGGCCGCUGCGUUCCACUGGGAAGCGUGUGUAAUCAGCACGACGACUGCGGGGACCAAUCUGACGAGAGGAACUGCCACAUUAACGAGUGUUUGAACCGCAAAGUCAGCGGCUGUACCCAGGACUGUCAAGACCUACCUGUGGGAUACAAGUGUUCGUGCUGGCCGGGGUUUCGUCUGAAAAACGACGGCAGGGCUUGCAUUGACGUGGACGAAUGUUCCGAAAACUUUCCCUGCAGUCACCAGUGCAUCAACACCUACGGGUCUUUUCACUGCCUGUGUGCCGACGGGUAUCAGCGUCCCGCCAGUAACCCGCACAGCUGCAGGUCUCUCUCAGCGGAGGAGCCUUUUCUUAUUCUUGCUGACCAUCAUGAAAUCCGAAAGAUCAGUCUGGAUGGAUCAAACUACACUCUUCUAAAACAGGGACUCAGUAAUGUACUCUCUCUAGACUUUGACUACAGGAAGGAGUUGAUCUAUUGGAUUGACACUAGCAGGCCCAGCGGACGCAGAAUAAACAGAAUGCGCCUGAAUGGAAGUGACCUCAAGGUGGUUCACAGGACGUCGGUCCCCAGUGCUCUCUCUGUGGACUGGAUCGGCAAGAAUCUGUACUGGUGUGACGGCGAGAGAAAGACCCUCGAGGUGGCGAAAGCUAAUGGACUCUACCCGACUGUACUGCUGAGGACUGGCUUGAGAAAUCCAACCGCUCUGGCUCUCGACACUCUCAUGGGAUUUGUGUUCUGGAUCGACUGUUGCGAGCAGCCCCAAAUUGGACGGAUCGGCAUGGACGGCAGCAAGCCACGUGUCAUAAUCGAUACAGAAAUGCAUUCUCCCUCAGCCUUGACCAUUGACCACAUCAACAAAAGGAUCUACUGGGCCGACGAGAACCAUAUCUUAUUUUCAAAUAUGGAUGGUACAAAAAGACACAAAGUCCCAAUCAAGGACAUAGGUGGCGUAACGGGUCUCACACUGUUUGAGGACUUCAUCUACUGGUGCGACCAGAAGUCGAAAACCCUCAGUCGCUCGCACAAGACAUCCGGCGGCCAACAUACAGAACUUCUCAGCUCCUGGCAAACCAUUCGAGACAUUAAAGUCUGCCAUCCACUCCGACAGCCUGACGUGCCAAAGCAUCAGUGUCAGGUGACUAAUGGAGGGUGCAGUCACCUAUGCCUUCUUUCCCCUGCUGGGGGAUACAAGUGUGCUUGCCCUACGCACUUCUACCUGGCGAACGACAACAAAACCUGUUUGUCUAACUGCACCGCCAGUCAGUUCCGCUGUGGUACGGAUGAGUGUAUUCCCUUCUGGUGGAAAUGCGACACCGUGGACGACUGCGGAGAUGGAUCCGACGAGCCGGCAGAUUGCCCGGAGUUUAAAUGCCAGCCCGGAAGGUUCCAGUGCGGAACGGGUUUGUGUGCCCUCCCUCCCUUCAUCUGUGAUGGAGAGAAUGACUGCGGAGACAACUCGGAUGAAGCCAACUGUGACUCGUAUAUCUGCCUGUCUGGCCAGUUUAAGUGCACUAACCGGCAGAAGUGCAUCCCUAUAAACCUGCGCUGUAACGGACAAGAUGACUGCGGAGAUGGUGAAGAUGAAACCGAUUGCCCCGAGAACACUUGCUCGCCGUCCCAGUUUCAAUGCAAGACCACAAUGCACUGCAUCUCCAAGCUGUGGGUGUGUGACGAGGACCCCGACUGCGCCGACGGCUCGGAUGAGGCCAACUGCGAUGAAAAGACAUGUGGGCCGCAUGAAUUUCGCUGCAAGGACAACAACUGCAUACCGGACCACUGGAGGUGUGACGGGCAGAGCGACUGCAACGACAAUUCAGACGAGGAGAACUGCAAGCCAGUAACAUGCAACUCAAAACAUUUCAUUUGUGCCAACGGAGAGUGCAUCUCCUCACGCUUCCGUUGCGACGGCGACUUCGACUGCACUGAUAACUCAGACGAGAGAGGCUGUGAGAGCCACUGCUCCGAGGAUCAGUUCCAGUGCCUGAAUCAUCUCUGUAUCUCAGUCAAAUGGCUCUGUGAUGGACAGGAAGACUGCAAAACCGGGGAAGAUGAGGCCAACUGCAGCCCUGCCAACACUGCAAUGACAGCUCGGCCUACGUCAUGUGCUCAGAAUGAGUAUGUUUGUGUUGGAGGAGGCUGCGUGUCGGCUGGCCAGCGCUGUGACGGACAAAACGACUGUUCAGACGGAUCUGAUGAGGUGGACUGUAUCCGGGAGUGUAAGGAGGAUGAGUUCCUGUGUCGUAAUCGGGCACACUGUGUUCCCGCUCGCUGGAGGUGCGACCGAGUCUUUGACUGCCUGGAUCAGAGUGACGAGGACAGCUGUGACCAGGGAAAGUUGCCAUGUCCUCCAAACAGACCGUUCCGCUGCAGGAAUGACAGAGUAUGUCUGCGGACCGAACAAAUCUGCAACGGAGUGAAUGACUGUGGCGACAAUUCAGAUGAAGUUGACUGUGCGGAUGUGGUCAAAAGGCCGAGGCCAUGUGGCAAGUCUGAAUUCUCCUGUGCCAAUCACCGCUGCAUCCCAGCUGAGCUGCAGUGCGACUUUUUUGACGAUUGCGAAGACGGCGGAUCGGAUGAGCGCGACUGCAAGGCAUAUUCUGUAGAUGGUGCGUGUCGAGACUUGUGCGGAGACGACGCUUUCUGCAACCAUACAAAAACACCCUCAGUCUGCCAAUGCAAAGUCGGAUUUCAGAGGAACCAGAAGAACAAACAAUGUGAAGAGGUGAACGAGUGUCUGCGGUUCGGAAGCUGCUCGCAGUAUUGCACCAACACCAAGGGCUCGUACAAGUGCACUUGUGACCGAAACUUCAAGGAGAUCGAUGGGGAAUGCAUCACAAAGGGACCAGAAGAUCAGGUCCUCUAUGUGGCCAAUGACACAGAAAUCCGCAGUUUUGUGUAUCCUUACAACCAGUCUCAUGGACAUACUCAGCUGGCCCGAAUCUCUGACAGCGCUCGCAUCAUCGGCAUGGACGCGCUAUUUCACCAUCACAAGUUUGUGUGGGCCACUCAGUUUAACCCCGGGGGAAUAUUUUACAAAGACCUCCAGGACAGGAGUGCAGUCACGUCAAACAGUGGAGUCAUAUGUCCAGACUUCCGGAGGCCCAGGGACAUCUCGGCCGAUUGGGUGACAGGAAACCUAUACUGGACGGAUCACUCCCGGAUGCACUGGUUCAGCUACUACACGGCACACUGGCGCAGACUUCGCUAUUCCAUUAACGUGGGACAGCUGGGGGGUCCCAACUGCACUCGGCUCAUCACAGACAUUGACGAGGAACCUUUCGCUAUUACCGUUAACCCUGUACGAGGGAUGAUGUACUGGACUGUGAUUGGUGACCACUCUCACAUUGAAGAGGCCGCCAUGGAUGGGUCCUUGCGUCGCAUUUUGUUGGAGAGGAACUUGCGUAGACCGACGGGACUUGCAAUUGAUUAUUACAACCAGCGGCUGUACUGGUCAGACUCUGAGCUGUCUCAGAUCGGGAGCGUGCGUUUCGAUGGCUCUGAUUCUCUGGUGGCUGCUGGCGGUCAUGAUGGAAUUUCUCAACCCUUCCGAAUUGACCUGUUUGAGGACUACAUCUACGGGGUCAGCAUGAAACACGACAUCUUCAGGGUUCAUAAAUAUGGGAAGCUGCCCGCCGAAAAACUCAGUCUGGGUGUGGAGAGAGUGUCCAGCAUCUUGGUCUUCCAUCGGUACAAACAACAGGAGGUGUCCAAUCCAUGUGCAAAGAUGAAUUGUGCUUUCCUUUGCCUCCUGAACCCCAGUGGGGCCAGAUGUGUGUGUCCUGAGGGGAAAAUUCUGCUGAACAGGACCUGCACGGCCACCAACAUCUCAGGAGAUCUUUGUCGUCCGACCUGUGAGAACGGAGGUCGUUGUAUCACCAAUGAACGAGGGGAAUCGCGCUGCUUCUGUUGGCCGAACUACUCUGGGGAGCGAUGUGAAAUCAGCCACUGUAAGGACUUCUGCCUCAACAGAGGCACUUGCACGGGAUCUCCACUAGGUAAGCCCACGUGUCGCUGCGCUCUGGGUUUCACCGGUCCUCUGUGUGAGAAGCGUGUUUGUGACGGUUACUGUCUGAACGGAGGCACAUGUGACGUGACCCUAGGGAACCAACCCGUGUGCCACUGUCUGGCAGAAUACACUGGAGAACGCUGUCAACACCAUAUUUGUCACCAUUAUUGCGUGAACUCCAAAGGCUGCACACUGUCCGGCUCGGGACACGUGGAGUGUGUGUGUCCCACCCGCUACGAGGGGCCAAAAUGCGAGACGGACCGAUGUCUUCGCUGCCGAGGGGCCCCGUGUAUCGUUGACGAAGAGACUGGAGACGUCACCUGCAAGUGUACUAAGGGCAUGAUAGCCUACUGCUGUUUGCUGUGUGGGUGUGGGUGUGUGUAUUUCAGGCCUUCUUUCUGUUGUGUUGUCCUCACGACUCUCCUUUGGUCUGGUUGCGUUCUCAGUUGCCCGUCCGAGUUUAAAAGCCCGAGGUGUGACGAGAGAGCUAACCCGUGCGAUCACUACUGUCAGAACCAGGGCGUUUGUUCCCUCACCGCCUAUAACAAACCUCGCUGCAAGUGUUCUGCAAACUGGUCAGGAACACAGUGCGAAAGACCUGCAACCAAGACCAACCGUUCAGAAAAUGUCAGCGGGAGAAGUAUUGCCAUAAUAGUGCCUCUAGUUCUUCUUGUAUGCAUUAUCACCGCUGUUGCAGUGGGACUCCUUAUUUGCAAAAGAUGUCGAAGAGGUAAACAGGUUCAGCGGCAGCCUAUGGCCAAUGGUAGCUUGAACGUGGAGAUCGGGAAUCCGUCCUAUAACAUGUACGAAGUUGAUAAUGACAAUCACGUAGACGUGGGAAGCUUUCUUCACCCCAGCUUCACCCUUGACCCUCAUAAGGGCUGGUGUGUGAAGUCAAGCGACCCGCGCAAUUUGCCCCCCGCGCGCCCACUGACUGCACACACUUUACCCAUCCAGAACGUUCCAAAGGAGCUCAUUCCAGGACAGGCCAUGAACUAUUCAGACUCCAUCUACUCAAAGAUGACGUACCAUGACGGACAGCACUGUCGAAAGCCAGUCAUCAACCUCGACACGAGACGCCAUUUACUCCCAAAGAGGCUGGAAACGACGAUUCGAGAAACGGCGGCAUAACCUAGCUUUUCCACAGCCUGCUUCGUUUUUGUUUUUUAUAAAGAGCUGUAUAAAAUAUAUGAAAAAAAUCAACUUUUUAUGUCCAGUCAGGUUAAAUCAUCUCACUUUGCGUCCCACAUAUACGUGCUGGUUUUCGUUUUAACAGUUUCUUUCUGUUGCAACCAAAAUGUCCUUUUAUAAAUGACAAAUGCAGUGUUUUUCUUUGCUUUGUGACUUUGUAAAUGCACUACACAAAUAUGAAAAAAAAAGAAACGGACAAAGCUGCUCAAUCUCAAAAGGCUUUAUAUACAUUUAAAGAGAAUUUUAUAUAGGUUUAUUUACCUACACACUAUGUAUAUGUUUUCCUGUUGGUGAAAGGAUUGCCAAUGCCUAGAUAUUCCCAAGUUGCCUCUUACAUUUAGCAGUAUUAGAAAAAAAGAGACACUUAUUUAAUAAAUGCAUCAUAUGCUCAUCACAGAUUUUAUUUUUGAUAUCUCUCAUUGAUGUUUCUCGCAUAUGUUUAUCUUUAAGUUGACCGGUGUUUCCAGGCGCUUCAAAUAUGCAGUCAAAACCGAAAGUGAAACCAAUCCAUGAUGGUUUUUGCAACUGUACAACUUGAAACCAUGUUAUUUCAUUUUCAUAUCGCAAAAUGUCUUUCAGCACUGAAAAGGACUGAAAACGGAUUUUAUGUCACAUAGCCUCACUUUCAUUCACUGGUUGUGAAACGACACGCGCGGGACUCUUGUAAUGCCAUGUUUGAUGAAAAAAAAACACAUUCUCUGUGCAAAUGUACACAACUAGAGGACAAGGAAAAAAGUUUUAUAAUUUUAUAGUUGAUUUGUACGUCCGGUUUGCUUGUAUUUUCUGGAAAUGUAUUAAAUGUAGAACUUUUAUACAAAACAAUGUACACAGUUUACUGGUCCGUCUUCACUUUGGGUUGAAGUGUUUUUAAUUACAAAAUAAACUAGCUUGAUAUUGCAGUGCAAUCGUACAGGUUGCUGUUGAAUAAGGGGAAAUGUAGGACAUUUAUUAUUUAAAUACAUACAGAUACACCUAAUGUGAUU